AUGUUGCUGUCUCAGCUCGCACGCGCCGUGCGCGUCCCCACCGCGCCAUUGCGAGGCCGCGGCGUGGGAUGGGCCCGCUCGCUCGCGACAGACGCACCACAGACGUACAUUGAAAAGGUCGUACAGAAAUACGCCGUGGACUGGGACCCUACAGUGCCUGUCCGUUCUGGCGACUACGUCUCGAUUCGCCCCGCCACGGUGAUGACCCAUGACAAUACUGGCCCCGUUAUCACCAAGUUCCGCUCGAUCGGCGCAACUCGCAUUCACGACCCAAACCAGGUCGUCUACGCGCUCGAUCACGAUGUGCAAAACAAGAGCGCGAAGAACUUGGAAAAGUACGCCAAGAUCGAAGCGUUUGCACGUGAGCAGAACGUCGACUUUUACCCCGCCGGCCGCGGUAUCGGCCACCAGGUGCUCGUCGAAGAGGGCUAUGCGUUCCCACAGACCCUGGUUGUCGCGUCUGAUAGUCACUCGAACAUGUACGGCGGCGUCGGCGCAGUAGGCACACCGAUCGUACGCACCGACGCCGCUGCGAUUUGGGCCACGGGCAAAACAUGGUGGCAGCUCCCGCCAAUGGUCCAAGUCGAGCUUACGGGUGCCCUGCAGCCGGGUGUCACAGGCAAAGAUGUGAUUGUCGCGCUGUGUGGUUACUUUAACAACGACGAAGUGCUCAACACAGCCAUCGAGUUCACUGGGAGUGGCAUUGCUGCCCUGAGUGUGGAUGAGCGUUUGGCCAUUAGCAACAUGACGACGGAAUGGGGCGCAUUGGCCGGCGUGUUCCCCGUCGACGAUACGACACUUGCUUGGUACGAACAGAUGCUGCGCAAGAUGGACCGUCUCUCGUUCCAUGUCGGGUCGUCGCCUCGUCGCUCCGAGUCGCAUCCGCGUCUCAACUGGAAGCGUCUGGAGACGCUCGCGAACGAGCGUCUUCGCUCGGACGACGGCGCGACCUAUGCGAAGCAUUUGCGUUUGGACCUCUCGAGCCUCACACCGCAUGUCUCGGGCCCCAACAGCGUGAAGGUGUCCACGCCUCUGGCCGAUCUCGAGGAGCAAAACAUUGCCAUCCAAAAGGCGUACCUCGUGUCGUGCGUCAACUCACGUGCGUCCGAUAUCAAGGCUGCUGCCGACGUCCUGCGGGGCAAAAAGGUCGCACCGGGCGUCGACUUCUACCUGGCGGCGGCGAGCAGUGUCGCGCAGCGCGAGGCGGAAGAGUCGGGCGACUGGGGUGCCCUACUUGCCGCCGGCGCUAAGCCGUUGCCUGCUGGCUGCGGCCCGUGUAUCGGACUCGGUACUGGUCUCCUGGAAGACGGCGAAGUGGGCAUUUCGGCGACGAACCGAAACUACAAGGGCCGCAUGGGUAGUCCGAAUGCGCUGGCAUACCUGGCCUCGCCCGCCAUCGUCGCUGCAUCGGCAGCGGCUGGCAAGAUCUGCGGACCGUCCCCUGCAAGCGAUGCCAAGCCUACCCUGCAAGUCGUCUCAGAGAACGCCGCGCCGCCGCCGGCUGCCGCCCCGAGCGCUCUGGACCCCCAGUUCCCGCCUGCGUUCACGGGCGCGUUGGUCUUUGCGCCACAGGACAAUUUGAACACCGAUGCGCUGUACCCAGGCAAGUACACGUACCAGGACGACAUUACGCCAGAACGCCAGGCGGAAGUGGUUAUGGAGAACUACGAUCCCAAGUUUGCCGCAGCCGUGGCGGAAGAGCGCGCAAAGCGCGCGAAUGCCGGUUCGGACGCCGCAGUGAUUCUUGUAAGCGGCUACAAUUUCGGUACGGGCUCCUCGCGUGAGCAAGCAGCCACGGCGUUGAAGUAUGCUGGCGUGCCUGUGGUGCUUGCCGGGUCGUUCAGCGAUGUGUUCAAGCGCAAUGCUAUCAACAAUGGCCUUAUUUGCUUGCAAUGCCCUGAACUGGUUGAGGACCUGACGCACGAAUUUGCCAAGGACGGCCAGCGUGGCGGCGGCGGUAAGCAGCCUGGCGAGCUGAGUGUCCUGCUGAAGGAUGCUACCAUUUCGCUUGAUAGCCGCACAGGCACAGUGGAGCUCACUCGCCAGGACGGUACCAAAGCGACGUACACCACCCGCCCAGCCGGCAUCGGCCGCUCGAUCCAGGAGAUCUACGUGGCUGGUGGUAUGGAAGCGUGGGUCAAGCAGCGUUUGUAG